AUGGGUGUGCCACAUGCACUUGUGAUCACCUACCCGGCACAAGGACACAUCAUACCGAUGAUGGAGCUCUCGUACCGCAUGGUCGAACACGGCUUCUUUGUCACCUUCGUCAAUACUGACUUCACCCAUAAGCGUGUGCUUGAUGCUUCCAUGAAGGCCCAUCCCCAAAGCCAUCCCAACAAAAGCACCGAAUCCAUCAGACUUGUGUCCAUACCUGAUGGUCUCGAACCCGAUGCAGACCGCAACCAACUUGGUGUGCUAUGUGAUGCCAUACUGAGCUCAAUGCCUAAUGCACUAGAAAUGCUCAUAAAGGAUAUCAAUGGCUUAGAAGGGGAUAGUGUCACAUGCGUUGUGGCCGAUGUGAACAUGGGGUGGGCACUCGAUGUAGCCAAGAAGCUCGGCAUACCGAGGGCAGCAGUAUGGCCAGCAGCUGCAGGGUGCCUUACAACGCUUCUCAGGUUUCAAGAAUUGAUCCAAAAAGGAGUGAUUACCGAAGAGGGUGAAUUGCUUGACACCAAUAUGGUCCGAUUCUCCCCAAAGAUGCCCCUCAUGGACCCCAGACACUUUGCAUGGCUCUGUAUCGGCGAUACUGCCGAAAACAAGGUCAUCUAUCGAUAUGUAAAUGUUAACAUUAAGGGCCUAGAAGGCGUGGAAUGGCUCAUAUGCAACUCAUUCUAUGAAAUCGAAUCCCCUACCUAUGACAUCUUCCUGAACAUCCGCCCAAUUGGUCCACUACUUGUUAUAGGCAGCCAGCCUACACAACCAAAACCAACUUCUCUUUGGACAGAGGAUAAUACAUGUCUCGAGUGGCUCGACCAGCAACCUAACAAUUCUGUCAUAUACAUAUCAUUCGGAAGUUUCACAAUCUUCAAUGAGCGCCAAUUUCUCGAGCUUUCGCUCGCACUGGAGAACUUGGGUAGGCCAUUCCUAUGGGUAGCUCGUCCUGACCUCGUUGAUAGGUCUGGAGCGGAUUACCCUGAGGGGUUCUUAGGUCGGGUGGCUGCCUAUGGGAAGGUUGUGGGUUGGUGCCCACAAAAGAAUGUGUUGGCCCAUCCUUCUAUAGCUUGUUUUGUGACCCACUGUGGUUGGAACUCGACUCUUGAGGGGCUUAGCAAUGGUGUGCCUUUCAUAUGCUGGCCUUACUUUGCUGACCAGUUCUUGAACCAGACUUACAUUGUGGAUAUAUGGAAGGUUGGGGUGGGAUUGAAAGCCAAUGAGGAUGGGCUGUUCUCCAAGGAAGAGAUAAAGAGCAAAGUAGAGGAAAUGCUGGGUGAUGAAGGAAUAAGAGAGAGGGUUCUGAAACUCAAAGAGGAAGCCAUUAGGAGUGUCACUGAGGGACCUUCAAUGGAGAAUCUUAAUGGUUUUAUGGAAGCCAUGAAAGGAAAAUCAUAA